UUGAUCUGAAGAUGGCUGCACAGUCAGCACCGAAGGUUGUGCUAAAGAGCACCACCAAGAUGUCUCUGAACGAGCGCUUUACUAACAUGCUGAAGAACAAACAGCCGAUGCCAGUGAAUAUUCGGGCUACCAUGCAGCAGCAGCAGCAGCUAGCCAGUGCCAGAAACAGAAGACUGGCUCAGCAGAUGGAGAAUAGACCUUCUGUCCAGGCUGCUUUGAAGCUCAAACAGAAGAGCUUAAAGCAACGCCUCGGUAAAAGUAACAUUCAGGCACGAUUAGGCCGGCCGGCGGGACCCCUUGCUCGCGGAGCCAUGGGAGGAAGAGGACUGUCUAUGGGGCAGAGAGGCUUGCCACGAGGAGCCAUGCGUGGUGGCCGGGGAGCAAGAGCUCUGCUGAGAGGAGGAGUCCCACUCAGAGGUCAGAGCCUGCUUCGUGGAGGACGAGGUAUAUCCCCCAGGAUGGGGCUGAGAAGAGGUGGCAUUAGAGGUCGCGGUGGCCCUGGAAGAGGUGGCCUAGGCAGAGGCGCCAUGGGCCGUGGAGGACUCGGUGGCAGAGGUCGCGGCAUGGUGGGCCGGGGACGAGGCGGCUUUGGAGGUCGUGGCAGAGGCAGAGGACGAGGAAGAGGAUCGGCACGGCCUGCGCUGACCAAGGAGCAGCUGGACAACCAAUUAGAUGCUUACAUGUCUAAAACGAAAGGACACCUCGAUGCUGAGCUGGAUGCUUACAUGGCUCAGACAGACCCGGAAACAAACGACUGAAGGUCGUUCCGAGAGACUAGUGUUGAAGUUAGUGUGUUAUGUCGAUGCCCAUAAGCUAAAAAUGGAAACCCUGAUUCAUGCUGGAAGGACCCGCAGGAAUAGGGAGCAGCCCUGUUCUACCCAGAGAUUGCUUUAGUGUGUUCCUUUAACGUUUUGAUACU